GGGACCGUUCAGUCUAUGCUUAGGAAUCUGUCGCCUGUCACUAGAUGGCGGAGUGUCCAUCCGCCAUUUGCUUUUCAAACAGCAGACACUAGACAGCAUGCUUAGACAGGAAUGUGUUGCUGCUCAAGUGCUCAUUAUGGUGUAUUUCGUUUCGAUAUUUUACAUUUUAUGAAAUGGAAAAAGAUAUCAUCUCUUGCUACCUUUACUGGCUAUUUGUCUCAUCCAUUGCUGUUUCACUUCACUGCAAAAGAAUUGAUUUCUGUGACUUCAGCUACGUCAUCGAACAUUAUCCUCGAGUUUCUUGGUGGAGAUGGAUAGAUGUAUUUUUUUCCAGCCACAGGCAGGAAAAUUAUACUUUUCUUCAGAAAAUUGGAAAGCUGCUGGAGUAAUCUGGUGUUUAUGCUCAUUUGAUUCAUUUCGUGCCAGCUAGUGAUUGCCGAAAGGCAUGUCGAAUUCAAGUUGAGCUGCUGCUUGCUGUCUGGAAUCCAGCAUUCCAGCCAGGCAGCCAUUGCGUUCAGUCAUUUGAACAGGAAUCUGAUGGCUGUCAAUAGGUGGCUGUCAAAAGUUGGCUGGAAUGUCCACCAGUUAGCGUAAGUGUCUUCAGGGACGCAUUCGGCCAUUUUGUUCCAAGACGUAGCAGAAAUGGGUUGCUGGUCGUGACGUUUCUCACGAUGAAAAUUAAAAGCAUGUGGAAACCACUUUGCCAAGUCAUUCAACUCAGACUUGGAAGUGCCUGUACAUUGCCGAAAUGGCGUGCCUCGUGUGUCUCGCUGUCUGUUCUUAGGCGUACGUCUCAUCCCAUGCAACAGAAAAAAGUAUAACAAAUACUUCUUUAACGCUGUGGGUUUCCUUGUUGCUGCCAAAUGGUGAAAGGAAGAAGAGUACGAAGACGGAUUGAACCAUUGUAUGCAGCAUGCGGUUGCAGUGUAAUCCAGAAGUAGCUGUGAUGGUGUUAUCCUCAAAUUGCUGUGCCUGUUGUAGCUGAGCUGUUCCAUCUGGGUUCCUGAGUUGAAAAAUUUUAUGUUGUUGUUUGCCUGCCAGUAUUUUGUGUUGUGACUUCAAAUAGUUUGAUCUGUCGUCUUUUGAGUUUUCAUUCAAUCAUGCAGUAUACGACUGAGGCAACCUGAUCAAUAUCAGGUUUGACACAGUCGAGAACUGCUAGAUUAAACAAGCUUUCUGCGCCAAACAAAUAAUAACUUGCACAUAACUUGCAUCAUGUUAUUAUCGCGGUAGAGAAAGCGACAGGCCCCCCCCCCCCCUGGGGGCGAGUCUGGACUUUAAGCACACUGCCGAAAAGCACACAACCCAAAAGCACAGUGCUUAAAGGCUAGAGGACUUUUGCAUACAACGUAGUAGGGAUUGCACUUCCCCCUCCUUCCCACUGCAGUAGGAUGAAAUACUGUGCUGCCUCAUUCGGCUUUCUCCUAAAACUACGUAGUAGUUCAAAUGACUCCAUCCAUUACCACACAACCCAGGUUCCUCUACAUUAGAUGGUCUGAAUGCUUACUAUUAUGAAUAGAGUAGUCUAACGUCCAAAGUUGCCUGUUCAAUGAAAUUCUAAUCCCUACUGAUUUGGUGUCAAAUCGUCAUCGAUUUUCGAUUUGACACCAAACAAGUAGGGAUCAGAAUUUCAUCGAACAGGCAACGUCGGACGUUAGACUACUCUAUUAUGAUUUUUUAAAAUACUAGAUGGCGCCUAUCGUAUAAUUGUUUACCUUAAAAAGAUCGAGGUUUCGAAAAGCAAAAGUGUUAAUCUAAAGAAAUUCAAUGUUUGGGGUAUUAUCUCGAAGAUCUCUUGUGUGACGUAAAAAUGUUAACUGAUUCUUUUUCAACCUUAUCCCAUAAUAUAACCUUCCCCCCGAAUUUAAAAAAGUAUUACUUUUCUCAUAAAUGAAAACAGGUAUUCCGUAAGAUUGGCUCAGCCUUAAUAACCAAAUAGCUUUUGAGAAAAAUUAAAAAAUAGCAGGCAGUGUCUUAAAAACCCAAACACAAAUUCAGAUAAAAUAGUUGUUUUUGUUUUCGAACACUUGGGGCGCAGUUGUCAUAUUCUACCUCAAGGGACGAUUUCAAAUGAAGUUCUUUAAACGAUCACAUGAGAGCGACACUUAGAAAUUUAGGUUCAUUUAAUUUACUGAUUUAAGGCAAUAGUUUCUGUUAUGACACUUAGUAAGACGGUUGCCCUUAACUGUAUUAAAAAACAGAAAUUUUUUUCUUUCCGUGUCAAAUAAAAAAAGUAAUGGCAAACACAUCAUUGUGCAAAGAAAUAUCCAAAUUAAACUGCUUCUCUUUAUCGGAGUACCUUGCAGAAAUGGGAGUUGAUACAACAACAAUUACAUCUCUACAAAGUAGUCAGAUAGAUGAAAAGGUGAGGAGAACAACUGUUAUGAACCCUCUUUUUAUUGUUCCAUUAAAUGAGAAACCAAAAACGAGUGAAAAGCAAGUAACCUAUGCAUCAAACGAUAUGCAUUAUAUGAAAAAUUGGCUAAAAGAUCACACACCAAGUCCAACCAAUGAUACCCAGAUUCGAGAAUUCAUGGAGAAGACUUUUAACUUUCGUCGUUUUCAAAUAAGAACGAUUCUUCGAAACGCUACCAGGAUUAUUCAGAAUUAUCCUCGUUUUAUUGAUUUUCAACUAGGUUCUUUGAUUACGUCCGAAUUUCUUCUUAUAUUUCCAAAUUUAAAACAAAAGUUUCAUUCAAACUUCUUAAAUGAUUACUUGUUGGCUUUAAUUGCUUAUGCUAAACAAGAAGAUAGAGAUUUUGAAUGUCCAAACGAUGUCUUAAAGGCUCUAAUGCUUUUGCUGACUACUCAUCCGGCUAUAAGGAAAAAUAGACGAAUUUCACACAAAAAAAUUAUGGAAAGGUUUAUUGUUUUCAAAAAGGAAAAUGAAGAUCUAAAAAACUUCAUCUCUGACAAGCCGUCACAUUUAAAACAACCUUUUCUUGUCUGCAUUGGAACUAUAAUAGAACCGGGUGCUUUCUAUCUUGUUGUAGAUCAGUAUUCAAUAUUUUGUGGCAAUGAUGUUUAUAAUGCUUUUAGAAAUCUCUACGCUUCUUUCUAUACUUUUUUUGUUGAAUACCCAAGCUUUAUUAGGCCUUUCUACGAAUUCUUCGAUGAAAUUAUUUUUCAGUUAGAAAAUAAUGAAAUUUCAGACACUAAUCUGGAAUUUGUCCAGAAACUGUCAAAUAUCGAGGUUUCUUCAAAAUGAAAGUUACAGUAUUCCUUAAAGUAAUGAGCGCAAUAUUGGUUGUCUUGCCCUUAUUUGUCUGGAAUUAUUUUAAUUUACAAAAACGUAACACAACAUACUCAAUCUU